UGCGUCAGCGAUGGCCUCACAGCAUUCGGAGCGUAGGGAGCGUAGCAGGUAGCCGUGGGGACGCGGACCCAUUACCCUUUUUGUUCGGUCCCCCAUAAAUACAACCCCCACGAUGCAAAUUGGGUAAGAUAUCUGGGGCUAUAGCACCGGCGGAAUUGGCCGAAUCAAGGGAAGGUGAGUGAUCUGGCCGGAGGCGAGGGAAAACGAGAGAAAGGAUGCGCCUGUACCGCGGGAGCGGUGGGACGAUGAUGCUCCUCCUCCAGAAGAUCGUGGGCGUGAGCGUCGUGAUAUGGGUGACCGUGAUGGAGCCGCGCGCCGCUGGGUCUGCGAACGGGAAGCUCAAGUCGGCCACUUUCCUGUCGCCCAAGUUCGUGUUGGGACCGGGCUCCGUGGAGGAUAAGUACUACUUCGACAUCGAUUUCCCCAGAGGUCACGUCGCCCUCAAGAGCUUCGAUGCUGAAGUCGUCGACGAGGAUGGCAUCCCCGUCCCUCUUCACCAGACUUAUCUCCACCACUGGGUCGUCGCCAGAUACCACGCCCCGCUCCAUCCCCAGUCCGAAGAUGACUACGAGUUCGCCCGCAACUCUGGAAUAUGCCAGAGGCAUUCCCUUGGACAGUACUUCGGCCUGGGCUCCGAAACGCGCAAGACCGCCACGUUUGUUCCCGAUCCUUAUGGAAUCGAAGUGGGUAAUCCCGCGGACCUCCCUGCUGGGCUGGAGGAGAAGUGGAUGCUCAAUGUCCACGCCAUCGACACGCGUGGCGUGGAGGAUAGGUUGGGCUGCACCGAGUGCCGGUGUGAUCUCUACAACGUCACUCAGGAUGCGUACGGCAGGCCUCUCAGGCCUGGCUACACAGGCGGUUUGUACUGCUGCUAUGACCAGACGCGGUGCAGGCUCAGACCGGGCUUUCAAGGCCCUCGUAGAAGCCUCUACCUGAGGUACACCGUGGCCUGGCUCGACUGGGAUGCAUCCAUCCUCCCUGUCGACAUUUACAUACUCGACGUCACUGAUACCUGGACUGCUCCUCGUAAUUCAUCCGAACAAGGUGCAGAAGAACAUCAUUGUCGAGUUGAAUACGACGUGGAGUCUUGCAAUCAAGCUACUAAAGUUGAUGACUUGUGCAUUGACAGCAAAAGGACAAGCCUCGCCCUGCCUACUGGUGGUUAUGUGGUGUAUGGUGUUGCUCAUCAGCAUUCAGGGGGUCUUGGCUCCAAUCUUUAUGGAGAGGAUGGACAAAUCGUAUGUUCUUCAGUGUCGGUUUACGGUACAGGGAAGGAAGCAGGAAAUGAAGCUGGCUACAUAGUAGGGAUGUCAACAUGCUAUCCUCGACCUGGUUCAGUUAAAAUUAAUGACGGGGAAAUUCUCGUUCUGGAGUCCAAUUAUAGCAAAUCACAAAACCACACUGGUGUUAUGGGACUUUUCUAUCUUUUGGUAGCAAGGGACUUGCCUUCCUCUGUCCAGAUGCAGAGAAACAUGGCUUUGCCCCAUUUUGGAGGAGCAAUACUCACUUUUCUUGGAGUGGUAAUUGCCAUCGCUGUUGGAAUCUCCUUGAAGCGUAGAAAACAAAGAGAGGAGGGUUACGAGUCACUUAUGACAUGAACUUGAUUCAGUGAGCUAAGUUAUGUACUUUGUAUUGCUAUCAGUAAUGUAUGCGUACUUGUGAACUGUACUUGGACUUGUUUGCUGGAGUUAGCAGUUGCUCUGCUUCUAAAGCACGUGCAACAACCAUGUAUAAACCACAAAAUAAAAUGAGUCCUUCCUCUUUGUGCUCGUUAA